GUCAAUCUCCCAACUGUCAUCUAAAGACUUCUUCUUUUAGUCGUUGCUUGCUCAUAUGUAUGUCUUCCUUUGUAUAUAUGUUUGUAAUAAUACUGCUACAUAUACUCAUUAUUAAUACUCCUAUUAUUAUCAUCAAUUCAUCAUCACGCAUCUUACUCAUUCUUAAUCUUUGUGCAAGCUGUACUCCCUAGUAUCUAGUAAAACAUCUUUAUUCAGAUUAUCUUGAUCAAUCAGACCAGUCCCUGUUUUUAAAGCUAAAGUGGUAGUUGCAUUUUUUGCCAACUGAAGAGGGUAUGAAGUGCUUCCCAUUCAACAUCAGACAAAGGACGGAUGACAAGAAGCAAUCACAGCCUAAUUCUUUUCAGUCAUCUGUAACUGUCUCUACUGAUCGAGCAACUAAGAACUCUGGAUCUGAGUCGAAUUCUAGGAAUAUUUCUGAUAGUAGCUCAAAUUUAGGAAGGACCAAAAAUACCUUCCCUAGCUUUUCUCAGCAGUCCAGCAAUCUCAGAGUGUUCACAUUUGCUGAUCUGAAGGUAGUCACCAAGAAUUUUAGCAGAUCCACCAAGAUCGGAGAGGGUGGAUUUGGGUGCGUUUAUAAAGGUGUUGUUAAGAUUUCUGAAGAGCCUAAGAAGCUUGAAGUGGCUGUGAAGCAACUUGGUAAAAGAGGCUUUCAGGGUCACAAGGAAUGGGUGACUGAAGUUAAUGUUCUUGGGGUGGUUGAACAUCCAAAUCUUGUGAAACUAGUGGGAUACUGUGCCGAAGAUGAUGAAAGAGGAAUACAGAGGCUUCUAAUUUACGAAUUCAUGCCUAAUGGAAGUGUGCAUGAUCAUUUAUCAACUCGGUCACAGAAUCCUCUUUCAUGGGAUAUGAGAAUGAAGGUAGCACAAGAUACUGCCCGUGGUUUAGCAUACUUGCAUGAGGACAUGGACUUUCAGAUCAUCUUCAGAGAUUUUAAAUCUUCCAACAUUCUCUUAGAUGAGAACUGGAAUGCUAAGUUGUCAGACUUUGGAUUGGCAAGAUUGGGUCCUGAAGAAGGGCUUACCCAUGUUUCAACUGCGGUUGUGGGAACAAUGGGAUAUGCAGCUCCAGAAUACAUCCAAACUGGGCGUCUAACAGCCAAGAAUGAUGUGUGGAGCUAUGGUGUCUUCCUCUAUGAACUUAUUACGGGCAGGUCCCCUGUUGACCGGAAUCGUCCUAAAUCUGAGCAGAAGCUUCUGGAAUGGGUAAGGCCUUACUUAUCAAACCCAAAGAAGUUUAGGUUAAUAAUCGACCCUAGAUUUGAAGGGAAGUAUCCAAUCAAGUCAGCCCUGAAAUUGUCAAAGAUAGCCAAUCAGUGCCUGGCCAGAAACCCAAAAACACGUCCAAAGAUGAGUGAAGUGUUGGAAAUGGUGAAUCAGAUUAUAGAUCCAGCAACAUUGGCUGACAGGAAUAGGCCAGAGCGGAUGCUUUCAGCUCCGCCAGAAGCAGCUCAUCAGGAAAGCACUGAGCAGACUGGGAGAAAAAGAAAAAUAAUUGAAAUUGUCAACGGUUCUUGGCUGGCUCACAUGUGGUCAUCAAAGCCUGUAAAAACCUCUUGACUGCAGAUUUUGUGAUCAUAUAUAGAAUUUUGUCAGAGGUUUUUGUUAUUGGGGACUAUGAAAAUCUUUAGGGGGUUAAUGGAGGGUAGAUAAUGAACGACAUUUCUUCAGAAACAUGUAUAGUCUAUAGAUAUUGUCUUUGCAGUUUCAACAUUCUAGUCAGGAGCAUUUGACUUGCAUGGGAGCUGGACAUAUUUUUUGUGCCACUAAAUAUAUUUUUUAUAUGGUAUUAAGUAAA